AUGGUUGUGGCUACGAUUAAGUGUGUGGUGGUUGGUGACGGUGCGGUCGGAAAGACAUGUCUCUUGAUUUCUUACACGACGAACAAAUUCCCUUCGGAAUACGUGCCUACGGUCUUUGAUAAUUAUGCUGUUACUGUUAUGAUCGGUGAUGAACCGUAUACGCUGGGUCUCUUUGAUACCGCCGGUCAGGAGGAUUACGAUCGUCUCCGCCCGCUGUCCUACCCUCAGACCGACGUCUUCCUCGUCUGCUUUUCCGUCACCUCCCCCGCCUCCUUCGAAAACGUCCGCGAGAAGUGGCUCCCCGAGGUCCGACACCACUGCCCCGGCGUCCCCUGCCUCAUCGUCGGCACCCAGACCGAUUUGCGCGAUGACCCCGGCGUGAGGGAGAAGUUGGCUCGCCAAAAGAUGCAGCCCAUCCGAAAGGAGGACGGCGAUCGCAUGGCCAAGGAGUUGGGCGCCGUCAAAUACGUCGAAUGUUCCGCCCUGACUCAGUACAAGCUCAAGGAUGUCUUUGACGAGGCCAUCGUCGCGGCGUUGGAGCCUCCCGUCAAGAAGAAGAGGCCCACCUGUUUGCUGUUGUAA